AUGUCAGACAAGAAACUGUACGAUGCAUCGAACUGUGUGAGCGAGCACAUGGUGCUGCGGAAGGAAUUAUACGGGGAAGAUUAUGUUGGCGGAGAGCGGACGGUAGGAACGGUGAUCACGGAUGCGCCUGUUUCUCGGUCGAGCCUGCGGUCGGGUGACAAUUCCAAUGAGUUACCGACGCCCACGAAUAGCACUUUUCCCGUUGAUGUGCGCAACGUGUCGUUCAAAGACCUCGAAUUACAUAUUCCGAAGAAACGUGCCGGUAACAAGUGGUAUCCUGCGUCAGAGCUACCUCCGCACAAAUCCCGCAUGGAGCGGGACUUCAGCAAUCUGCCCUCUACGAUGGAGAUGGACGCACGAGGCUCGCGGGGGAACCGGGUCACGUCUGAUUAUUUCUCAGAGGGGACAGCAUCGUUUCCAGCGGACGUGAACGGGAACCGGGCACGGGUUGUUUCUUUGCCGGGCAUUGAGAGCGAGGGAGACCAGCAGGGAUCAGCAUGUGUGACUCAUAAUAAUGGAGAGCCCACUGUACUCCAGGAUGCAACAGGAGGAUCAGAUGCUGCGGCCACUAGAAAUGGGAUGGCAGAAGAUAAGCUAACGGGGUUCAUCCUACCAAACCUCAAUAGCCAGCUCUCCUGGCGGUUGGUGAAGCUGGUUGGGUCGGGGAACUUCAGCGAUGUUUAUCUAUAUGAAAACACCAGUGCUUCAUCUACAGAGGAGAAGUUCCAACAGGUGGCUGUGAAGGUCACCAGGUACCCUGCGGAGCUGCAGAACCCGCAAGCCAGAACGGCUACCAAGUACAAAGAAAUGCUCUCGAGACUCGAAAGCUCAUUGACACGCGAACUCGCUGUUUUGCGGUCCUUGGACUACCCCUGUAUCGUCAAAUUAUAUGGCAUCAAUGACUGCAGCUUUCUUGAGAGCCGAAGACCGCUUAUCGACCACAUCAAUGAACCUAGUCUACCAUCUUGCAAGAUGAUCAUGUCAUACUGUUUCGGAGGAGAUGUACUUGACGUCGCAAAACGCGGGCUUUUGCCCGACUGGCUGUUGCAGCGGGUCUUCACCGAAUUGGCCCACGCCGUCCUGUACUUACAUGAGAACCUUGUCAUACACCGAGACCUGAAGCUGGAAAACGUCCUUCUGAAGUAUCCCUUAGAGCAACUUCUCUCAAUGCGCGAGGACUUCAGUUGCAAUUUCAUAGAACUCGCAGACUUCGGACUUUGCAAAAGAAUACGGCAGAAUGAGCUCUGCACUACGCGGUGCGGCUCUGAAGACUAUAUUUCCCCAGAGGUGCUCAUGGGACUGCCAUAUGAUGGUCGUCUCUGCGAUACAUGGGCUCUUGGCGUGAUAUUGUACGCGCUCUUAGAGGACCGCCUGCCUUUUGACCCAUUACCUCUGCAAGGAUGGCGUGGCAACCGCCCCCGCUCUACAGCACACAGAAUUGCACGCUACGAGUGGCGAUGGCUGCGCCUUAUUAAUAAUAACCACCAUGCCAAGGUAAUUGUUGAAAAGUGUCUUGUAACCAGACAGCAUCGCUGGAGUAUCAAGGAUAUCACGGAGGCUGACUUCGUACGGACGCUUGCACCUAAACUAAAAUACCUACAUAGACAUUAA